AUGAUGCAGCAGCAUUUGGCCCACAUUGCGGCGCGUCUGUUGGGUGGCUCCUCACCCUGCUUGCACUGGGAGAAAAUGCUCGUUUAUAUGGGCCUCAUCUGGACACCGUAUCCUUUGACGGCCUUUGUGUGUCUCCUGCUCAUCGGAGUAGCCAGUGUCUCAGCCAAGCCCAAGCCAGGCGGUGGCGGUGGGUGGUCUUCUGGAGGAGGAGGUGGUGGCGGCGGCGGCUGGUCGUCCGGAGGAGGAGGCGGUGGCCAUGGAGGCGGCGGCGGUGGGGACGUGCAGAUCAUCAAGGUGAUCACGGAAAGCGGCGGUGGCGGCGGAGGCGGCGGUUGGGCUUCAGGAGGAGGCGGCGGCGGUGGAGGUUGGUCAUCGGGAGGAGGAGGAGGAGGCGGUGGCUGGUCAUCCGGAGGCGGCGGCGGUGGAGGCUGGUCAUCGGGUGGAGGAGGCGGUGGCCAUGGAGGUGGUGGCGGCGGCGGCGGCGACGUAAAGCUCAUCAAGAUCAUUAGCCUGGGAUCCGGAGGAGGCGGCGGUGGCCAUGGAGGCGGAGGCGGCGGCCAUGGAGGCGGAGGCGGCGGUGGCUGGUCUUCGGGAGGAGGAGGUGGUCAUGGAGGUGGCGGAGGAGGCGGCACCAAGGUCAUCAAGAUCAUCAAGCUGAGCAGCGGCGGCGGAGGAGGCGGCGGUGGACACGGAGGCGGCGGUGGCUGGUCCUCGGGAGGAGGAGGCGGCGGUGGCGGCUGGCAGCCAGCCGGUGGUUGGGCCUAA